AUGACGGCGAACAUUCUGGAUGAAAAUCGCUGGAUGAAGACGUCAUGCGUGAACGGCCACGUAGUCGAUUGGCGUUCACGUAUGGCGAAGUCGUCUGCUGUUGAGAGCAAGGAGAAGCCGGCCGCCCAGCCUGAUGACUCCCGUCAACAAGCGGCAGCGAUAACUGAUGCUCUUCAUCCGUCAGUCUGUCGUCAAACGUUCGGCCAUUACCGAUGA